GAUAAUAGGAUAUGCACAAGAGAGUUACAUAACAAGACCGCCUCUCUCUCCCUCUCUCUCUCUCUCUCUCUCUCUCUCUCUCACCUAUAUAUAUAUAUGUAUACAUACAUAAAAAUAUAGAGAUAGGUGUAUAUAUAGUGUUAUAUAUAUAUAUAUGUUUAGGUGGGUUUGGAGAGAAAGGGAAAUGGAUUGGUGGGUUGAUGGGAAGAAAUUUUCUUUGCUGCUGGUUAUUGGGAUUCUUCAUCUUGUUGUUGAGCAGGCAAAUGCAGGUGAAUGCGAUGUGUUUACGGGUACGUGGGUAUCCGACCCGACUUACCCUCUUUACAAUGCUUCACUCUGUCCCUUCAUAGAGCGAGAGUUUGCUUGUCAGAGAAAUGGGCGCCCGGAUCUGGAUUAUACCCGUUACAGAUGGCAGCCCCUCGCCUGCAAUUUACCCAGAUUUAAUGGGGUGGAGUUGUUUGAAAGAUUGAGAGGGAAAAGAAUAAUGUUUGUGGGAGACUCUUUAAGCAGAAAUCAAUGGCAGUCUUUGACUUCCAUGCUCCAUUCCUCACAACCCACUGCCAAAUACAACAUUACCAGAGAAGGAGAUGUCUCUACCUUUACAUUCAUGGAGUAUGGAGUGGAAGUGAUGCUUGAUAGGAAUGUGUAUCUAGUGGAUGUAGUAAGAGAGUCAAUCGGGAGAGUUUUGAAAUUAGAUUCAAUCGAAGGAGGAAAACUAUGGAGAGGAAUUGAUGUUCUCAUCUUCAACACUUGGCACUGGUGGAACCGUAGAGGACCUUCUCAACCAUGGGAUUUCAUUCAAAUAGGCAAAAAGGUUCAAAAGGACAUGGAUCGUAUGCUUGCUUUUGAGAUCGCACUCACAACAUGGGGCAAUUGGGUUGACACCAACAUCGAUCCCACCAAAACCCUCGUCGUUUUUCAAGGAAUUUCGCCUUCUCAUUACAAUGGAAGCUUAUGGGGAGAGCCAAGAGCUAAGAGUAGCGUGGGGCAGAAGCAACCAGUGCCGGGAUCGACAUUUCCACGAUCUGGACCGUUCAUUUUGCCUCUUCAUCUGAACUGUCCAUCUCACGCGAUCUGAGUCAUUCGUUUUGCCUCUUCAUCUAGGUUGUUCAUCCAAGCGAACAUCGUUCUAGUCGUUCAAUUUGAGCUGCGUUUGAGAAUAGUUGGAUCAGCCUCUAAGUGAGACAAUCCUGGUCGUUCAUUCUCAGAUCUCACCAUAUUUUCGAAAAUUACGGUUUGAUCCCGUUUUACAUUUAUUCAUUUAAGUCUUUUUAUUUUACAGAAGCUCCUAAGUUUUAAUUUUUUCUUCAAUCAAGUCCCUAAAACUUUAGUUUGUAUAAUUUUAUGUUUUAAUAUUAAUUCCACCUGUUGUAAAGAUCAGUUAAU